AUGAUAAGUGUGGUGCAGGUGGUGCAAACAGCUGCUCAGCACGACCAACAGCAGCAUUGGGGUAUAGAGGGUUCUUCUGGUGGUGGUGAUGAUAAGGGUGGUGCAGGUGGUGCAAACAGCAGCAGCAGCAGCAGCAGCAGCAGCAGCAGCAGCAAUCCUGCUGAUGAUGAUGCUGCUGUAGAGAACGCACUGUACGCGAUGAUAGAAGCCGAUCCCAGCAGCCGGCGGCUUAUGAUAAGAAACGUUCCAUACACAGCAACUGAAACAUCCCUCAAACAAACUGUUGAGGCCUAUGGGCCCAUCGAAGACUUUAAACUCGUCAUAGACAGAAACACAGGGGUGAACACUCAGGAGGGAGAGGAGGCCAACGGCGGGGCUGUGGGGGUGGUGUUAUACGUGUCAGUGAAGGGGGUGGGGUUGUCGUUGUUUGUGUGUAUAGAUGGUGGGGUUGUUGUUGUAUGUAUGGUAAUAGAGGGGGUGAACACCCAGGAGGGAGAGGAGGCCAACGGCGGGGCUGUGGGGGUGGUGUCACGUGUCAGUGAAGGGGUGAGAGAAGCAGCAAUAGUACGCAACAGAGACGGCACAUCAAAGGGGUAUGGGUUUGUUGUCUUUGAAGACCCAGAGGCACUCAUGAAAGCGGCCAAUCAGUCACAGAGAGUCAUAGAUGGCCAAGUUACGUUUGUCUCCGUGGCGUCGGAGUCGAGGAAGCAGCAGCAGCUGGGGGGAGGAGCGAUCCUGCCCCCACAACACCUGCAGCAGCUGCCGCUUGGAGGGUCUCAGUAUCAGCAGCAACUGCAGCAGCAGCUGCAGCAGCAGUUGCUGCAGCAGGCUGCUGCUACACAGUGGCCAACUACAACAAGCUCAGGGACGCGGACAGAGGUAUCGAGUCCUUAUGGAACUCAAGCAACAGUUAACUCUGCUGCUGCUGCUGCUGCUGCUGCUGCUGCGCUGCCAACGACAACAGCUGCUGCUGCUGCAGCAACCAACCCAUACAUGCAGCAGAUCACUGCUGCUCUCAUGCCUCAGCUGUACAUGCACCACUACCAGCAGCAGUACCUGGCUAGCUCUCAGGCAAACGCAACUGGCACGGGUACUGCGAGCACCACAACACAGCAGCAGAAAUACUCCGCUUUGUAG